AUGCCGAUUGAUUCUUCAGCUUUAGACACACUUCCGACCCUCCCGGGCCUUCCUGAGCUAGUCUCUGUUCCGACAUUGGAUGAAGUUAACAGCGCCAUAAAAUCCAUAAGAAACAAGAAGUCCCUCGGUGAUGACGAUAUUCCGGGAGAGGUGUAUGAGUAUGGUGGACCGCACCUUGCAUCAUAUCUGCAUUUCUUUUUUAACCUGUACUGGACAAGCAGAAUGAUUCCUAAGCGCUGGAAGCAUGCGAAUAUCAUAAGCAUUUAUAAGAAAGGUGAUCGUUUCAUCUGCGACAACAGCAGAGGCAUUUCCCUCCUAGAUGUGGCCAGGAAGAUUCUCGCGCGUAUUAUGCUUCGCCGUCUUCUCAUCCUUCUGAUUGAGCGAACUCUGCCGGAAUCUCAAUGUGCCUUCAGACCUGAACGUAGUAACCUCGGCAUGAUAUUCGUCGCUAACCCUACUCGAAAAAAAAAGGGAGCAAUAAAGAGAGAUUAA